GCGCACGUGACAUGUACGUACAGACACAAAGACGUACAUUCAGUUGAUGUGUAUAUAGGCAGUGAAGAGGGAAGUAUGAUGAAAGUGAAAGCUUUGAAAAUAGUUUUUCACUAAGAUAUUCUAGUUUCCAUUUUCUUUCUAUUCUAGGAUAUAUCCGAGCAUUGUAAGCCAGACAACAGAUUCCAAAAUGGUUUUAGCGGAAUUCAUCCAUCCUUCCUUAGCGGAUUUUGAGUUUGAGAAGACGUCCGUCAAACUGAAGCUCAUUUUUUUCUCGUUCGUGUUCUUCUGCUGCGUUUAUGUCGUCUCCACAGUAUUGUCAGCCGUCCUUAAACCAUACAGAAUAUUGAGAAUGAAAGAGAAGAUAUUUUGGCAUCUAGCUAUCGUGAGGGCCGUAUACGGACUAUUUUGCAUAGUCAUAGGCAUCUGGGCGCUUUUCAUCGACACGGAGUUAGAGAAAGAUGUCGUUUACGCAACUACACCAACGAGUCAUUUCGCAAUGUCGAUAACCGUAGGAUUUUUUAUAUUUGAAUGUUCGAUGCUAAUGUGGUCUGACAUAUAUUACAAGCAAUUUAAUGUACUCCUUAAUCUUCACCACUGGAUAUCUUUGAUUGGAUAUUCCUUGUUGAUAUAUCUCGGGAGUACGCACUACUUUGGUUGCCGCGGACUCGUUCUCGAAAUGAGUACUCCGUUCAGCUGCCUAUGUUGGACACUGUUGAAAUGCGAUUUAGCACAGACAUUCCUGUGGAAAGCCAACCAAUUCUUCCUCGUUCACACUUUCCACCUCCGUUCCGUGGUAGAAUGUUCAAUGUGGUACCAUACUUACUUGAACUGGGAUCGUAUUUGGUCCGCCAUGCCGACGGCCAUGUUUAUUUCCUUUUAUUUGCAACUAUUCCUUGUAACAUUCAUAAUGACGCCAUUUUGGACUUACAAGAAAACAGUUCAAAUGAUUAACCCAGUAGACUGGAAUUUUGAAGAUGCCAACAAAAAUAAAUCUGAGAAUGGGGGAAUUAAGAAGGAAUAGAUAAACUUUUGUUUAUCCAAGGAAUGGGACAGGUGCAAUACUCGUUAAGAGCAAAACAUAUUCAAAUUAAUGUAAAUACAUGUACAUUUACAAACGUUAUUUGAGAUUAUUUUAUUUGAUAUUCAUUAAGUAGCUUUUGGCGGAUGCCUAUAUAUAUUGUAGCUUUUGGCGGAUGCCGCAAUGAAUUCCGUACUGAUUUGAAUGAAAGAAAAUCUGAUUAAGACAAUAAAUUUGGCCCGGUGUCUAAAUACCAAUAUGCUUUCAGAAGAAAGUUUAUCGUGAGAUUUGACAAUGUAAUUGUAUAUGCAAUGUAUAUGUUAAUUUGUAUUAUUUAUUUCUUAUAUAUAAUAUCCACAUACGAGUACUGCUUUGGGCACGGUAAUGUUUCCUACAAAUGACAUCAGAACUGGUUAGUCCGGAAAACAGUCCAGGAAUUAACCUUAAUCAAAUGUGUCUAAAAAUAAAUGUAAAUAACAA